UUCAGGCAGACACUUGGGGCACGGUUGGAGAGCGCGGGUCAACCGCCUGGACUACGCAAGCAGGACCUGAUGGCUUCCAAAUCACAGCACAACGCCUCCAAAACCAAGAGUCUGAAUGGCAAGGCUGAAUCUCAAGGACAAUGGGGCCGUGCCUGGGAAGUGGAUUGGUUCUCCCUGGCCAGCAUCAUUUUCCUGCUGCUCUUCGCACCGUUCAUUGUGUACUACUUCGUCAUGGCGUGUGACCAGUACAGCUGCUCGUUGACCACCCCCGCACUGGACAUAGCCACUGGUCGUGCUAGUCUGGCAGACAUCUGGGCCAAGACACCACCUGUGACAGCUAAAGCUGCCCAACUGUACACCUUGUGGGUCAGCUUCCAGGUGCUUCUUUACUCCUGGCUUCCUGACUUCUGCCACAGAUUUCUGCCAGGCUAUGUGGGAGGUGUCCAAGAAGGCGCCGUAACUCCAGCAGGGGUUGUAAACAAGUAUGAAGUGAACGGGCUGCAAGCUUGGCUCAUCACUCACCUCCUCUGGUUUUUGAAUGCCUACCUCCUAACCUGGUUCUCCCCCACCAUCAUCUUUGACAACUGGAUCCCACUGCUGUGGUGUGCCAAUAUUCUGGGCUAUGCUGUGUCCAUGUUUGCAAUGAUCAAGGGCUACCUGUUCCCCACCAAUGCUGAAGACUGCAAAUUCACAGGCAAUUUCUUCUACAACUUUAUGAUGGGCAUUGAGUUCAACCCCCGCAUUGGGAAGUGGUUUGACUUCAAGCUGUUCUUCAAUGGACGCCCAGGAAUUGUGGCUUGGACUCUUAUCAACCUGUCCUUUGCUGCCAAGCAACAGGAGCUUUAUGGCCAUGUGACCAACUCUAUGAUUUUGGUCAAUAUCCUGCAGGCCAUCUACGUGUUAGACUUCUUCUGGAACGAAACCUGGUAUCUGAAGACCAUCGACAUCUGCCAUGACCACUUUGGGUGGUACCUGGGCUGGGGUGACUGCGUAUGGCUGCCCUACCUCUACACGCUGCAGGGCCUGUACUUGGUGUACCACCCUGUUCAUCUCUCCACUCCCAAUGCUGUGGGCAUCCUGCUGCUUGGCCUGGUGGGUUACUAUAUCUUCCGAAUGACCAACCAUCAGAAGGACCUGUUCCGCAGGACAGAUGGGCGCUGCCUCAUCUGGGGCAAGAAGCCAAAGGCCAUCGAGUGCUCCUACACAUCAGCCGAUGGGCAGAAACACCGCACCAAGCUGUUGGUGUCAGGCUUCUGGGGUGUGGCCCGUCACUUCAACUAUACUGGUGACCUGAUGGGCAGCCUAGCCUACUGCCUGGCGUGCGGUGGCGGCCACCUUCUCCCCUACUUCUACAUCAUCUACAUGACUAUCUUGCUCACCCACCGCUGCCUCCGUGAUGAACACCGCUGUGCCAACAAGUAUGGCCGUGACUGGGAGCGCUACACGGCCGCAGUGCCCUACCGCCUGCUGCCUGGAAUCUUUUGAGGACCAUCCUGGGAUGCAUAGGGAAGUUUUAUUGAGUGUGUGGAGUUGGAUGCAUGGGGGCUGGCAUCCUGGCUUCCCCUGCAGGGGCAUCAGUUUGCUCAUCUGGAGAAUGGAGAGCCUGGUGCCCAGCAGUGUCUGGCUGGUGGCAGCUGGGAAGUGGAGUUUCACACUGAUCCCCCAGCAGGCUGUUUUCUCUACUCAGCAUCCUGAGGGCAGACUAUCGUGGCCCUUUCAUGUCUGUCUUUAUGUUGGGUGCCCGCAAUCUAUGCUGCCCAGAUGGUUUAGGCUUACCAUGUGUGUCCUAGGAUUGGGCCAACCUAUUAAACUGCAGACAAUGUGGGAUCUAAAGAUUUUUGAUAAUGCCACCUUCCCCUUCUGUUCUGCCAUGCUGGGCUGGGCCCCUGAACCAUUUUUGUCUGUAGGCGUGUGUAGUCUUGAUUAGCAGAGGGCUCAGAGGCCAUUGUAGGAGGAAGGCUUUCUGUUUGGGUUCUUGUUUCUGAUUCUUAACCCCAGGAAUGCCAGGCAGUGGAACGGGGUAUCCAGGGGUACUGCCCACUUCACAGUGGGCAUCCUGGCUAAUCUGUUAAAGUCUUUGUGACAUAAGACAGGGUUUCUAGGGCUGGAGAGAUGGCUCAGAGGUUAAGAGCAUUGUCUGCUCUUCCAAAGGUCCUGUGUUCAAUUCCCAGCAACCACAUGGUGGCUCACAACCAUCUGCAAUGGGGUCUGGUGCCUUCUUCUGGCCUGCAGGCAUACACACAGAUAGAAUAUUGUAUACAUAAUAAAUAAAUAAAUAAAUAAACACUUAAAAAUAUUUUAAAAAAAGGACAGGGUUUCUAGUACAGGACUCCCUGAGUACCCACCCACCUAGCAGCUCAGCCCCCUGCCCUCUUCUAGAAGGUGCUUCUGUUCACCCCAAGACGCUUGUUCAUGGGUAAACAGAUUUGGAUUAGACAACCCAGAAUGUAUCACCAGCCAGUGGCCUCAGCCACACCUUCCCCAACAGGAGUUCCAGUGUUGGGAAGGGCACCCAUUCUCAUUUGGGACAAUUGGCCCCUAAAACUCAGGGCAUUCUGUAAAACUAGUUAGGAUCCUCUUCACCUUGCGGAUAAGUCUUUGUAUUAAAUCUACCUUUUAAAUGUGUCACAUUGUGCUGUCUCCUGAAUGGGCCUGACCAGUUCAGGGGUGGGGGUAGGGGUGUUAUAUGGUAUAGGAUGGAACCCCAGGAAGUAUUAGAGCUGGUGCAUAGGGCACUAUCAAAACUUCAUUGACAUUGGGGUGAACUGUGCCCCAAUACUCUGUAAUAAUCCCUCAUCAUUCCAGAACUUUGCCAGAUCAUUUACUUGUUGGGGUGAGGAAUCCAUUCCAUUUGCCAGUGACAGGAUGCUAGCAUGGUUACCUGCUCCAAACAAGUGGAGCCCUCACUUUUGUUUCUGGAGAAGCAGAGGUGAGUAGUGCCCACAGCCUGGGCACAAUUGAUCUGCUUCUGGUUAGAGCUGGUUAAACAUUGGCAGCUGUUCCUGGAGAGAGAGCCGGAGAGUCCACCAGCCUAACUUGGUGCUCUCCUGGCCUGUCUGAGAAUGUGGACACAGGGGUUUCAGGCAUCUCUAUUGGCCACACAUUGGCACUUUCAUUUGUCCCUUGAACAAAGUCCUAACUGGAGGCUGGGGUGUGGUGGCUGUAAACUUAGAUACCAGGUCCCACUACUUAUGGGAACUCUGGCUCUGCCUUCUGAAGGCUUUAAAGCCUUGAGUAGGUAACCCACCCUUCCAUGGCCUCAACAUCCUCAUUUGUGUGGGCUAAAAGUCAGAGUUCAGUCUUCCUUAUUGCUGGAGAAAGGUUUCAAGCUCAUAUGGCAGGAGGCCUGAGUUCGAAUGUCGGUAGUGCUUGUCAGUUGACUAUGAUUCUAGUUUGUUUUAGCCUGGGAGCCCAGCUGUGGUUUGGGGCUUUGGUGUGUGGUGCCUUCACAUCUUGUACUUGAAGACUGUUGGGCUGUGGGCUGCUGUUCCCAGAGCACUGUCCACUGUGGGCCUAUCUGUCCUGCCUACCCUGCUAUCGGCAGAUGAAGCCCACAUUUUGCUCUCUGAAAUGAAAACAAGUAAGCCACAGAGCCCAGGACCUAAACCAUGUCAGCCUUUGCCACUGCUUAGCUACAGUUCUCAGUAGGGCCUCAAACCAGGUUUUUCGUGGUAUUUGCAAUGUGAGACCAGCUGAACUGUGCUCUGGGCGGAACCACCUGACAGUCUCCUCACACCCCAUCAGGCAUCCGACAGACCCAGACACAUUGAGUGUUAGAAACCAUGAGCAUGAUCACAGUGGCUGGGGUGGUCAUUUGUCCUGUGUCCCUUGAGAUAAAAGCAGGAUCUACCCUGUUGUCUCCAGUGACGGGGUGAAGACACCUCCAGACUUGUUUUCCAACAGACCCUCAGAACACAGUUUCACAGCAGAGUAACACACCAUGUUCCUGGGAGCACUCUGGUUACACAGACCUGUGACAACAUUGGGUUACUCAAAUGAGUCUAUGGGAUGAGGGGAUUGAAGCAGCUUGUCCUGAAAAACGUUCCUGGCUGGUAGCUGAGACCAGGUUUAAUGGUAGGUGUCUUCAUUCCAACCCCACUGCAAGGGAUGGGCCCGGAGACCUGGGGCCGAGUCCACGGAAUCACAGAUGUAUACUCUCAUGCUUGCCUAGCUUCUGGAUUAGAAAUGCUUUUAAAUGGUUUUUUUUUAGGUUUAUUAUUUUUAUUUUAUGAGUGUUUUGCCAGUACAUAAUGUGUCUUAGGAUUUUUAUUGCUGUGAAGAGACACAGCAACUCUUAUAAAGAAAACAUUUAAUUUGGGUGGUUCACAGUUUCGGAGGUUCAGUCCUUUAUCAUGCUGGAGAGCAGGGUGGCAUGCAGGCAGACGCACUGGAGCUGAGAGUGCCAACAUCUUGUGGAAAACAGGAAGUCAACUGAGACACUGGGCAGUAUCCUGAGCACAUGAAACUUCAGAGCCUGCCCCCCAGUGACACACUUCCUCCAGCAAGAUUAUACCUAUUCCACCAAAGCCUCACUGCCUAAUGGUGCCACUCCCUAUGAGAUUAUGGGGGCCAAUUACAUUCAAACUGCCACGGUACGUAAGAGCAGAGUAGAUGGUGCCCAGAGGCCAGAAGAGGGAACUGGAUUCACUGUAACUGGAGACGGUUGUGAGCUGCCACAUGGGUGCUAGGAACUGAGCUCCAGCCCUCUGAAAGAGGGACCGGUGCUCUUAACCACUGAGCUAUUUCGUCAGCCCCUGGUCUAAAAUAUUUUUAAAAGAAUUGCAUUUAAGGGCUGGAGAGAUGGCUCAGUGGUU